AUGGGGGCAAAAACGCAGAGGUUUUCGAGUCUUGUCGGUUUGUGGGUUGUCCUGAGCGCCGGAUUAGUGUUCUCCGACGGGAGGGCGCACCGGAACGCCUAUGCAACCAUGAUGUAUAUGGGGACUCCGAGAGACUACGAGUUCUACGUAGCUACACGUGUCAUGCUCAGAUCUCUCCGGGAGCUUGGGGUCGACGCCGAUCGUGUCGUCAUUGCCUCCAUGGAUGUGCCCGUCCAUUGGGUACAAGCUCUGGAAGAGGAAGACGGGGCAAAGGUGGUGAGAGUGGAGAAUAUAAAUAAUCCGUACGUAAGCCAAUCUGAUUUACAUUGGCGAUUUAAGCUGACACUGAACAAACUAUACGCUUGGAAGCUCGUGAACUAUGACCGAGUCAUCAUGCUCGAUGCCGAUAACCUCUUCCUUCAGAAAACGGACGAACUUUUUCAGUGUGGCCAGUUUUGUGCUGUCUUCAUCAACCCCUGCAUCUUCCACACCGGUCUUUUCGUAUUGCAGCCGUCGUUAGAGGUGUUCAACGAUAUGAUGCACGAAUUGGAGAUCAAGAGAAGUAACCCUGAUGGUGCAGACCAGGGGUUUUUGGGAAGCUAUUUCCCUGACUUGCUCGAUCGCCCGAUGUUUCAUCCUCCACUAAACGGAACAAUACUCGACGGUGCCUACAGACUUCCCCUCGGCUACCAAAUGGAUGCUUCUUACUAUUAUUUGAGGCUCCGUUGGAGCGUACCCUGUGGGCCCAACAGCGUGAUAACUUUCCCGGGCGCCCCAUGGCUAAAACCGUGGUACUGGUGGUCGUGGCCCGUUCUCCCUCUCGGCAUCCAGUGGCAUAAAAAUCGCCUUCAAACUCUCGGGUACGGUGAGGAAAUGCCUAUCGUCUGGAUUCAAGCCAUAUUCUACGUCGGCAUAAUAGCCGUGGCCCGCCUGGCCCGUCCCAACAUGUCCAAGCUCUGUUACCGACGAGAGGAGAAGAGCGUGUUCUUCGUGCAAACCGGGUUCAAACUCAUAGCCAUGUGGGCCAUAUUCGCAUCCUACAUUGUACCCUUCUUCCUCAUACCCUACACGGUCCACCCGCUAGUCGGGUGGGGCCUCUACCUCAUGGGAGCUUUUUCCUUCUCGUGCAUUACGGUUAAUGUAUUCUUGCUCCCGAUGCUGCCCGUGCUGGUGCCCGGCAUUGGGAUCUUUGGCUCUCUCCUUGUAAUGGCCUACCCGGGCUACCCGGACGGGAUCGUGAGGGCACUUUCGGUAUUUGGGUACGCCUUUUGCUGCGCGCCGCUUGUUUGGACGGCGUUUGGGAGGAUCGUGUCUUCAUUACAGGUGUCGCUCGACCGGGAGGCGUUCUUGCCGAGAUUAGGAGGAGAUAAUGUGUUGCCAUCUAACAACAAAUUGUUUUAG